GGUGGGAAAACGUUUGGAAAGGUGAAGAAUGAGCAGAACAAGAAGCUGGAUGACAUAAACGAGGAGUACCUCACCCACGAAGCCUACAAAGAAGUUGAAGAUUUGGUGGGAAAGUUAGCCAGCUACAAAAAGCAAUUCGUCGAAUUUGACCUCGACAAUUCUGGGGACAUCGAUUUCAUGGAGUUGAAGCAAAUGCUGGAAAAGAUCGGACAGCCAAAAACCCAUCUGGAGUGCAAGAAGAUGAUCAAGGAGGUGAAUAAAACUGACACCGGAACGAUAAACUACAGGGAGUUUCUGGACAUGAUGCUGGGGUCAAAAAAUUCCGUCUUACGUUUGAUCUUGCUGUUUGAGGAGCGCUCUAAACAGAAGGACAAAGUUGCCAAAGGACCCCCACCGAAAAAAACUAUCGAAGAAAUGCUUAACAAAGGGAAUAUUUAA